AUGGACGAAACUCGACCUCGAAGUGGGGUGGGUGAGGUGACCACACAUUUGAAGGAUUUGAAUGUUUUUGAUAAAACCAAGUUGCCGCCUGUUAUACAUGGUAGAAAAGCUAGUACGUACUUAAGGAUAUUCCAAGACGACGAGCAGCACACAGGGCAGCCCGACGAGCCCGAAGUGCCCGUGGCGCCUUCUAUCGAUUGGAAUCCGUCUUUCACGAAAAAGUCUUUCAGAUCACCUUGUCCUCAGCCCAGGAGACGACAUUCAUCUUCGAUAUACGACACGUUAACGCGUAUCAGACGGAACUCUGCAAGGGCUAUAAACGUACCUCCGCUGCUUACCAAUCGACAGGCUAGGCACGCCGAUAAACCUGCUGCUACAAUAGGACAAGAUAAGCUCAACACGCAUGUGGCGGAAGAGUUACAUGCAUACACAAGUCAUCAUCCUUCCGGCGAGAGUGGCACAGGACCGAAAGACCCAGUCGCUCGACCACAAGAGGAGGUCUCCAGCACGCGCUCAUUAGAGCUGAAGCCAAUAUCAUCUGCAACCUACUAUCCGCAUAAAUCCAACGAUCGCGGAGCAGGUGACGAUGCGGCUCGUAGACCAUCCGUGACAACAGUCGCGUCUGUCGAGUCCAGCGCGAAACAUGACAAUGACAACACCACAGAUGAGGAUGAUGAAGAAGAUGGCUUCAUAGACGAGGAAUACCCCCUCGCCGUCGAAUUGAAGCCCUUCACCAACAAGGUUGGUGGUCAUACGGCCAUUUUCAGAUUUUCAGAAAGGGCGGUGUGCAAGGCCCUAGUCAAUAGAGAAAACAGAUGGUACGAAACUAUAGAACAACAACACAAGGAUCUUUUGCAGUUCAUGCCACGAUAUAUCGGUGUGUUGAACGUACGGCAGCAUUUUAAUUCUAAGGACGAAUUUAUGAAAGAGAUAGAACUUAACAAGCAAGAAAAAUUGGAACAAAAAAAAAAAAAUAAAGACUAUUUGCCAGGAGCUCCUUUGAAACACGUUCAAUCUCUCCCUGCUCCUGACGAACACCUGGAAUAUAAGAAUCCCGAAGUGGUGUUGGAUGACAAUAAGCAUAUCAUUCCGGAUUCCCUUUGGUUUAGAUAUUCGCAUUCACCGAACUCUGUCCCAAGUGAUUCUUAUCUUUCAUCACAUAGUCUCGAGGAUAGAAAGACACAUAUUUGUGACUCUGGAUCUACUGUAAUAAACACAAAAUUACAAGAGCUCGUUCUACAAGAGGUAUUCGCUCCCACAAAGCGCAAAUGCCAUUCGAGAGCUCCAUCCUUGGGAGGUAAACAUAAGUCAAGAUCGUCUUCUUCUUCUAGCGUUAAUUCGCAAUAUCUACAAAAUAUCAGAAGAAAUUCGGCUGAAUCGAGACCAAACUCAAUUCCUCCUUCUUCCCCACUUCUACACAAAUCUGUAAAGUCAAGCAUCGCUAACGCGGUAGACUCGCACGCAUCAGUGCUAGACUUGAAACAAUUCAAUAAGCGUAAAAUGGCCCAGGAGCAUCUCGAGAGGGAGAAAAUCGAUUGUACUACGUCUAAUGAAGAAUUACUACCUGAUAGCCCCGCUGGCGACGAAGGUGUAUUCAGCAUGGAAGAAGAUACAAUGCCAUCUAAGGAUGAUCUUGGCCAUGAAUCUGUCUCUAUCGAAGAAAACUCUCAUACUAUUGUAUCGAAAUUCAUUUUAUUGGAGGACUUAACGAGGAAGCUAAACAAACCUUGUGUUCUAGAUUUGAAAAUGGGCACUCGACAAUACGGUGUCGAUGCCAAACGGUCGAAACAACUUUCGCAGCGCGAGAAGUGCCGCAAGACCACUUCAAGAAAGCUAGGAGUAAGAAUAUGUGGAUUAAAAAUUUGGAAUAAGAGUUACUACAUCACUAGGGAUAAAUAUUUUGGAAGACGAGUCAGAAUCGGUUGGCAAUUUGCACGUGUCUUAGGCAGAUUCCUUUAUAACGGAGAAACAAAAGCAAGCAUAUUGGAGCAAAUUCCAAGGCUAAUAUCACAGUUGGACAAGCUGUAUGCCGAGAUAUCUACUUUAAAAGGCUAUAGGCUUUACGGGUCGUCGUUACUUUUGAUGUAUGAUGGUAACAACCCGAAUAACAAACGCUGUCGCGUGAAGGUCAAUCUUAUUGACUUUGCUCAGUGCAUCACAAGCGAUGACUUACGAGAGGGCGAGGAUUCCUUCAAAGUUCCACCAAAACGGCCAGAGCUCGAAGAUAGAGGCUUUUUACGCGGGAUUCGAAGCUUGAAGUUUUACCUAGUGGCCAUGUGGAACCAUCUGACUAAUGACGCAGCAUUGUGCUUCGAUGACGAUCUUAUAAAUUUGUUACAAGAACGGAAAGCGGUACUGUCUCAACCUUGGGACUGGCUCGACGAAUUUGAUAAAGAGAGUGAAGCCGAUGUUAACGACCCCAAGAGCGAGCUACGCAAAAAGUGGAGAAAAUACGAGCUAAUUUUCGGCGUUGAACCUCGAUACCAGGAUGAUCCCGACAUCAGCGAGUAG